GGCGGGACGAAGAGGCGAGAGCUGGAUCCCCAGGGCCACAGACAGCGAGUCUCCUAUCCCUGCGGGAAGCGGCGUGGCGGCCCAGGCAGGAUCAUUCAUGAUACAGUUGUAGCUGUUUUCAACAAAGAUCAGUGAUGGAAAUUUUUAUUUUUAACAAGAUACCUCCAAGUUAAACAUGAAAGGAAAAUAUUGGAAUCAUUUCUGUUCUGACAAAAUAAAGAAUACAGCAUUUCCCAGCUAACGUGUAAUGGCACCUUUCUGAGAUUUGUCACUUGUCAUGCACCCCACUGGGAACAUGGAUGUUGGCUUUACUCGGUCUGCUGUUCAGACCCUGUCCCGAAGCCACUGCAAAAACAUCAAACAAAAGAUAUCCCAGUGGGAAGGAAGGGCUAAUGGUGUGACUAAGCCAACGAGGUCUCACCCAAGGGACUUUGGAGUGAGUUAUAAUAACUGCCACCAAGAGGUCCCUCCUCAUAAAUAUCCCACUGGUGAUGGAAGGAGCAACUCUCAGAAUGGGGGUUUACCACGGAGUGCAGAUGCCAAAAGCCAUGAUCAAAGUGACCAUGAAGGCGAGCAGCGAGAGUAUAAAGACGCUCACCCCUCGGAAACUGGACCAGACUCCAACUGGGUGUGUGCUCGGGUCAAACAGAUUGAAAGCCUGAGAGAUGCCUCUGUGGAUCCAGAGGCUUCGUUACCUCCAGGAAACUUCUAUACCUCACAGAUACUGUGGAAAAGGAUAGAAACACUUCCCUCAGAUAAAGUUUUAAAUUUGGCUUUAGCACCUUGUGACUCUACAGAAAAAGAACCAAAUUUCAGAGUUCUGGAUAGUUCUUAUGGAAUAACCAAGAGCUUGGAAAAUAUUUAUUGUGAACCCGAGGGGCAAGAACGUGGACCCUCUAUAAAUCCUUUGCCCAAACCCCGUAGGACAUUCAGGUAUUUAUCUGAAUCUGGCGGUGUGCCAAGUAAAGAAAGAAACUGUGACCAAAAGUACUGUGAAAAGAAUUCCUGUAUAGAAUCGUCUUUGGCCUCUUCUCAGGAUUCUGAGCCAAAGAAAUACGGUGGAAAGAUCAGAGGGAGAUCCAAAAGGAAAUCCUUUGAAUUUGAAGAUAUUCAGCACUUUCGGAACUCACGGAAGAUUCAUGAAGAACUUGGAAGAAAUGCUGGUUCAGCACUUUAUUACACACAGUCUGAGGAUAAUAUCUAUGAGGAUAUUAUAUACCCAGCCAAGGAAAAUCCCUAUGAAGAUAUUCCAGUGCAGUCAUUCCCCAUUUGGAGAUCCCCUUCAGCAUGGAGGCUGCCCCCUGCUAAGACGGCCUUCAGAGCACCCAAGCUUCCUCCCAAACCCCAGUUCCUUCAGCGGAAAACUAUGGAACUGAAGAACUCUCAGGCGUAUUUGCGAUCAAAGCUCACGAAGGACACCACUUUGCCUGUCACGUUAACAGAAUGGAAGCUUUUCCGAGCUGGAGAAGUGGCUAACAGGAAGAAGAGAAAUCUCCCAAGGCUUGUUUUGAAAAUAAAUGAUACAUUUGAAUCUAAGAGAGGGAAGAAGAGGGUAAAGUUACAGCCUUACACUGGAAAAGAAGCACCUUCCUCCAAAGGUGAAACCAGUGGGAACGAGAGUGAUGGCGAGUACCUGCCAAAGAAUCGCCACAAGCGCUUAGCACAGCUGCUGCAGCCCUCCAAGAGGAACCCCCACUACCAGACCUUGGAGCGGGAUCUUAUCGAGCUGCAGGAACAGCAGCUCUUUGAACUCUUCGUGGUGGUUUCUCUGCAGAAGAAGCCAUCGGGGACAGACUACGUUCCCCAGGUCAUACAGCAGUUCCCUAGCAAGGGUGAUCAUGGCUAUAAGCAAUCCAAAGACACUGAAGAGAGGCUCAAAGUCAUCCCCAAAUUUUGUUUUCCUGAUUCAAAGGACUGGGUGCCAACCUCGGAACUCAAGAGUGAAACAUUCUCCUUCGUGUUGACUGGUGAAGAUGGAAGUCGGUGGUUUGGUUACUGUAAGAAGCUUUUGCCAGAAGGCAAAGGAAAGCGGUUCCCUGAGGUGUACUGCAUGGUCAGUCGCUUAGGCUGCUUCAAUCUCUUCUCAAAGAUUCUGGAUGAAGUAGAGAAGAGAAGAGAAAUGUCCCCAGCCCUUGUUUACCCAUUCAUGCGAAGUGUCAUGGAAGCCCCUUUCCCAGCUCCCGGGCGUACCAUCACAGUUAAAAGCUACCUCCCUGGGGCUGGAGAUGGGUCCGUUGAACUCUGCCGACCACUCGAUUCACGACUGGAACAUGUGGAUUUUGAAUGUCUUUUCAAGUGCUUGAGUGUGUGUCAUCUCAUCCGGGUCUGUGCCUCCCUCCUUUUAGAGCGAAGGGUAAUCUUUGUUGCCAACAGCCUAAGCACCCUAUCAAAAUGUGGCCAUGCUGUGGUAGCUACACUGUAUCCGUUCACCUGGCAGCACACCUACAUCCCGGUGUUGCCAGCGUCCAUGAUUGACAUAGUGUGUUCACCUACUCCAUUCCUUAUUGGAAUCUUGUCUUGUUCUUUGCCCCAACUCCAAGACCUUCCCAUUGAAGAGGUGCUGAUUGUCGAUCUCUGUGCAGACAAGUUCCUGCAGGAGGUGUCCGAUGAGGGUGAAAUCCUGCCACCUAAACUUCAAGCUGCCUUGGUACAGAUUUUAGAAGAUCGAACUGAAGUCUUGGCCCAGGAACAGCAGUUUUCACAAGAUGUGACACUCAAUUCUCUGGUGUCUGAAGCAUUUGUAAGGUUCUUUGUGGAACUCGUGGGACAUUAUUCUCUGAAUAUGACUGUCACAGAGUGUGGGGAGCGUGUGUUCCUGAGGGAGCCAUUCCGAAAGUCCCACACUUCCCGAAGUGUCCGCCACUUUCUAGAUCUCUUCAUGGAGACCCAGAUGUUUGCAGGAUUUGUCCAGGACCGGGAACUUCGGCAAAGCGGAGUUAAAGGUUUAUUUGAAGUCCGGGCUCUCCAAUAUUUGGAAACAAUUCCUGAGUCAGAACCCAGUGGAGUGAAUAGAAUUUUGCGGAGUCUUGGAAGCAAAAUGAGGUUUCUCCACAAGAAGUGAAUGUGCCUUCUUCUACACAUAAGUGAACGUGCCAAAGACAGCAUUUCUCCAAGGGUUUGGAUGCCUUCAAGAGUCCUUCAGAGUCCUUGAAUUGUAAAAGAGAAAGACUGCCAGAGGAAGACUCUCCUAGCUGCAGACCAGCCUGGAGCAGUCUGGAACCAAUGCGCUCUCUUCCACUUCUACUUUGGGGACUUUUUGUUUGGCUGGUUUGGCUGGUUGGUUUGGGUUUUUUGAGACAGGGUCUCUCUCUAUGUAGCCCCAGCUGGCCUGGAACUCACUCUGUAGAUCAGGCUGGCUUCAAACUCACAGAGAUCCACCUGCCUCUGCCUCCCAGGUGCUGGGAUUAAAGGCAAGCAUCACUACAUCAGGUCAAGUUAUUUUUACUGUGGUGUUUUCUCUUUAGUUAUUGGUGGUUACAGGGAGCUCUAUUUUGAGUGCUUAAUCUAUGAAAGCAGUUGUCUAUACAAGAAAAAGACCCGGAAAUACUUGGUGUUGCAUUUUUUAAAAAACAAUACCCAGAUGAGAAUGAGAGAAAUGCUGAGUUCCAGGUACUAGAGAGGCUCAGUAGAGCUAGAGAACACUAUGAUUACACCUUAUACAUGAUUCUCAGCAGGAAAGCAUCGAGUUACUUUAAACCCAUGGGCUGUUUGUGCUAUCAAAUUCCAGUGUUUUCAUCAUUGAUAGCCCCCUUUUGUCCCAUGGCCUGUCUUGGUGAAUUUUAUUCAUGUUAGUACCUUAAAAAAGCAGACACCAUGCCAGUCCUCAUCAGACAUGUGUCCUGCUGGAAUAGCUUGCCUCUCAUCUGUCAGCAUUACCAUGCUUUGUGGACAUUACAGCCAAUAUGAAAAUGUCCUUUUAAGGACAUAAGCUACCUGUUUGUUGGCUUUUGGUGUCUACAAUUUGCUACACUCUGGUACAUUUACAUAUACCAUUUUCUUCAAGCUCUCGGUCAGCUUUGUGAUAUUUUGCAAGAAACGAGUUCAGAGAGGUUAAGUAAUUUGGUCAGUUAUACAUUUAAGAUAGAACUAAACCAAAACACACUUGCCUAAUGAACACAGAGAAAUCUAGUUAGUCCUAUAGAUGGAAACUGGAAACUUGGGCUCCUUAGUGUUAUAGCAAUAUUUAAAGUUCUCCAUGAAGUAUAUCAGAGCCACCUCUAGGCUUUGAUGAAACUUCAAGCUCUGGGUGUCUAGAUGAGACACUGUUUCUUUCGUUUGUUUUGUCUUUGGUGCUGGGAGCAGAACCCAGGGCCUUAUGUGUGCUCUGCCAUACUGAUUAUUUUUACAUUAUUGUGAGUUUUUAUUCUAAGUAGACUCAGACCUAAGCCUAUACCUCUUCAUCAACCAGAUGCUGGAAAUCUAGAGCUUGAGUGGUGCCUGAGAAAAGAAGUUUGUCAGUAAACGUGCAAUUUUCAUUGAUAAAUGAUAAAUGUUGUGGCAAAUGUCAGUUGUUUUCUUUAAGCUUUGCUAAUGGCAUUACCCAGCAUGGAAAAGAUUCAUUCAGACUUAGAAAAUGUUGUACAUUGUAUUGGGAUACAACUACUGCCAUUAUCACCCAUUCAGAAGUGUCUGAAUGAGCCCAUGUAAGACUGGUGCUGUGCAAUAGAAGAGUUCCUAGAUGUGGAUCCAGGGAAAAGAACUGAGCCUGUGUCUUAAAAUGUGGUGUCAUCUACCCCAGUGGCACUCCUCAGACAUCUCCCCAUUGGGUCUCUUCUUACACUCCAACCCUGAAGAACAGUUGGUAAUUGGUUGUUUAUAAGAUGGGAAUAGGAGUGUUUACUGUGGCUGGUCGUGGCUCUCCCUCUGCAGGGAGACUAUGUUUUGAGGGUGAGAGUCUUACCUUCUUACAAUCUAAAGCUGCUUCCUUUCCUUGAGUUUGUUGUAUUUUGUUUUUGUAAAAUAUUGUGAAUUCUGGAUAUGUUUGUAAAAAGAAUUAUUCAAGAUUUCUAGCAAAUGUUUACAGAUCUUUUAAUUAAUAAAGGCAUUUUUAAAACCCCA